CUUAUUCGCCAGGUGGGGUAUUCCAGGAAUUAUUUAAUGACUUUUGGCCGCCUAAAUCGUACUUACCAAUGUGCACAUUGAGUUUCUCCCGUCGAACAAAAAAGUCCCUCUGGACUUUGAGUCUUUGCUAACAAGAUGUAAGUAAUUUCCUUAUUAAUUACCGUGGUAUUUAAUAACAAUAAAACAAAUCACAUUAUCGCAAUUUUAUAACUCGUUCAGGAAUCGAUUAUAUACGAGAUUAGUAAAUGAAAUAUUGAUUACUUAGGAAUAGACUCCUUUAGGCUAUCGUCGAUAAUAUUAUUAAGUGGUUGUUCGAUACUAGUUUUUAAAGUGUUCGGAACAUGAUUUUAAAUUCUUCAAGGCUACGUUUGUACUUGUUUGUAUAUUUUUUUAUUUUACUUGUAUUAGUAUUGUAUAACAUUUGUAAGGAGAAAGAGGAAGUUAAAUUACGGAAUAAACGCAAAGGCAAGUCAUGUCAUUUUCACAAGACAGAUAAGGAUGUGUUACCGUUGCUUCUAAGAAGUACCUCAUUUCCGCCUAAGUCUAUAUUCUUUCAUGAGACGACAUGCAGGGGUGGUCUCUCGUACCGCCAAGCGUGUGCUGUGGAAUCAGCAGCUUUAGCACAUCCGAACCACCAAAUCAACGUGCUUUUCACGUCUCCAGUCUUAAGAGAUUACUUCGAACAAAGUACAAUGAAGACUUUGUUAGAUAGUUAUAGCAACGUCCGGUUUCUGAGAGUGCACAUCAACAGCUACGUCGAGGGAACACCUCUGGGGCACGCGGUAAUCCAACUGACUGACGACCAACUGCAUGUGCAUAUUGCUAGAGUCAUGACAUAUUUAACUAUGUACAAGUACAGCGGGAUUUAUUUAGGUUUAGACGUCAUAGUGGGCAAGUCUCUAGCAGAGCUGUCCAAGAAUUGGGUAGUCAGAGAAACUCCAGAAACAUUAUCAACAGAUAUGUUCGCGUUUUCGGAAAAUCACGCUGGACGGAAGCUCGCUGAAAUAUCCAUAGGUUUCCUAUAUAGUGAGAUAUUAUUUAAUGAGGAGCAUGCCACAUGGAGUUACAGCGGGCCCAGUGUCCUGACGCGUGCUAUGCAGCUCUGGUGCACGACGGAUAAGAUCCAAGGCAUGUCACUGUCCUCGUGCGACGAUGUUGCAGUUUAUGGUCCAGAAUUAUUUUAUCCAGUAUCAUUUCACAACAGAUCGGAGUAUUUUCAUGAAGUUGACUGGAACAAGUGGAAGGACGAAAAUAUAUACACAUAUCACGUGUGGGAAUACUUUACAAAGUAUAAUCUUGUGACAGAAUUCUCACUUUACAGCAGACUUGCUGAGUAUUAUUGCCCGACAAUUUUUACCACUUAUUUUGGUGGCAUUAUGCUUAAACAGGAGUUUAAUAAUUUCAAUAAAAAUAAUAGGGUAAAAACCUAAUACACUACGCUAUUAUAAAUAA